UUAGGGAUGGUCGCGAGGAGGACGCACCAGUAGAGACUGCUGCUGCCGCGCGGUCGGACCAACUGUCGCCUACAGGACGACCUUCAGCUUCUCUUCCUCUCGCCGGCCUGUCCGCGUUCUGCUCUGAGCGCACCACCUCUUCCGCGUCUGGCAUUUUUGCCGGCUUUUCAGCCUCUCUCUUUGGCACCACUGCCGCCGAUCUCCGACGUGGCAGGUUGCAGCGUUUUAUCAACAAUUUCUUGCCGGGCUCCGAUGCCAGGAAUGUUGGUGAUGAUGAAUCAUUGUUAUCUGCAUUGGCGGAAGCUGACCGCAUGCGCGAAUCGGCUGUCGACCGACUGCUCUCAAUCAAGCGUUCAUUCUCUCCACGCGUCUAUCUCUCCUUUCAGUUGACGACUCCCGUGCUGCUGCUAGACGCACCGGACGAUGAGAUUUGGACCUCGCUGUCUGACGCCAAACACCUGUUUUCUACUAAGUCCGCACCUGAUCCGUCUACAGAAGCAAGCUCCUCGCACACCGCUUCUUCUCUUGCUCCCCCUCCUGAGCUCCCCUCCCCGUCGGGCAGUCCGGGUGCAUCAUUUAAGAUUCGACAG